AUGCGAUACACCACUUGCAACUUGCCCAAUGGCCUCACCUUUACUGUCUCGCCAGUCUUUGGUGGAGUGACCUUCAAAUCCACCGACUUCAACGUCCAGCAGAACCCCACCUUUCCACCGGGAUGGACGAUCAUUAUACACACUGAGAAGCCGAAAGAUGUGACCAAAGUCUCAAAUUCAGGUAAUGAGCGCGCCAACGAUGACGAUAACAUUACGCGCUUCACCACCCCCACCUUGAACCGCGAUUCGCUCUACAUCUCAUAUAUAGUCAACCCACCCUCGAGUGACUUCAAGCCCGUUACGUCGCCCACUCGCCAGAUCGCCAUGAUGCUGUGGGCGACCAUGUGGUGGUAUUUCCACGAACCAGAACCAGACCUGCACCUCGAGACAGCGGCGUCAAGCUUGACACCAAACAGCGGACGACCAAAAGGCGAAUGGCGCGUCAACAUCAAGCGCGAAGGCAUCUUUAAAGGCCGAAACCUGCUCCAGAAGCUCGAGCGAAUGGGCCUAAUAGCAACAGAGGACUCUUCAGUAGGCCUACAGCCAAUCGAAACAAAAGACUCAAGCAGCUGGUCCAACAUGUUCGUCAGCCGCCGCAGCUUCUGGCAACUGGACCCGCGUCUGUUCCUCUUUACUCUGACACCACGCGCUCCCGGCUCACCAUCUCCGUCGUUGACACCAUACCACUCACGACAAGCAUCCCCAUCCCCAACCCUGGACGGCCUACAAAGCUCAACAACAUUAGCGCCAACAGAAGCAACUUUCCACACUGCAAAUGUAGGAUCAUUCACCUCGGCAGGCCCCUUCACGUCGGGAAGCCACCUGCCAACAUACUAUCCGCCCGCUCCAACCCAAUACACCUUUACGCACGGCGUGCGACACCCUGUGCGACCGAAACCACCGCACCAGGGCGAGGUCUUUUACGUGCGCUAUAUUCCUAGCGUGAGCCAGUACCUCUCAUUCCGGAUUCCCUUUGUGCCCAUGACACAACCAAACGCGGGCCAGGGUGGUAGCGGCACCGGUAGUGCGAGUGGUAGUCGCCCAGGAACACCGGUUACAUCAUCCGUGAUAAGUAUCGAACAGCACCUCUGCGAGAAUGUCUCUUCAGACGUGGACACCCUGCAUAGGUGGAUGAAUGUCCCGCGCGUCGAGGCGAUGUGGUCAGAGGGUGGACCGAAAUCCGCUCAGGAAAAGUUCCUGCUUGCGAAUUUGACGAGCAAGCAUAAGUUCCCUGUUAUUGGAUGUUGGGACGGGAAGCCAUUUGGGUACUUUGAGAUCUAUUGGGUGAAGGAGGAUCCGCUGGGUCGUUUGCUUGACCGGGUUGAUAACUACGAUCGGGGAAUUCAUCUGCUUGUUGGUGAGCAGGAAUUCCGAGGUGCGCAUCGGGUUGCGAUUUGGUUGAGUGCUUUGGUUCAUCAUUGUUUUUUGGCUGAUAUGCGCACCGAGGUGGUGGUUUUGGAGCCUAGGGUUGAUAAUCUUAAGUAUGUUUUUCCUCCAUCCCUCUCUGUUCUUGUGUUCUGCUUCGUUAUGCUGACUCUUCCUCUUCUCUUCAGGCUCAUCAAUUACCUCCAGGAAGCUGGCUUCUACAAAGAAGGCGAGGUGAGCUUCCCGCAUAAGCAAUCUGCUGUUAUGAAGAUUAAGCGCGAGUUCUGGGAAGCGCCUGUUCUUUGA